AUGCGCCCUAAGGAGACCGACGGUCGCAAAGGCGAUGGAGGUGAAUGGGUGGAAGUUCGCCGGAGAAACUUUCAGGUUAACAAGAUAAUCACCUCAUUCUAUGUCUCUAACCUUCAAGAUGAUGUUACAAAUGCUAUGCUGAAGGAAGCUUUCCAUAGUUUUGGAAACCUGGUUGAUGUUUACAUCCCCGGCAGGAAAGACAAAGCAGGCUCGUUCUUCGCGUUCAUUAAAUAUAAAGGUGUUCUAGAUGCAGCUGCUAUGGCUAGAACAUUGGACGGAGUUAGAUGUGGUCAAUGCAUUACAAAGGUAAACGUCUCCAAGUUUGAGAAGAAACCCAUUCACAGACCUGGUAUGAAGUUCGUCAACAAAUCUCAACCUCCAAAAAUGCCUUUCAGCGGCUGGAACAAGAUCAGAGAUGAUAGAUCCUUCGCCGACGUUGUGGGAAGGCGCAACAACUCAUCUAAGGUGCAUCCUCCUCCUGUGGUCUCGGAAAUCAAACUAUCGCAGGUUCUUGCAAUGGAGAGAUCUUGCAAUAUGAUUCUUCUUGGUGAAGUCACAAGCUUUGACCUUCUUAACGAUCUUCCAAAUCUGUUGAAUGCUGAUGGUUGCAUCCCAUGCCAAGUUUUCUUUGCUGGAGGUUUGAAGUUGGGGUUUAAUGAAGAAUUGAAAUUCGAGAGACAAGCAUGGGUUAAGAUCAUCGGUCUUCCCAUUCACUUAGGGUCUGAUGCCAACGUUACUUCAAUUGUUAGCUCGCUCGGUAAAAUAUUAGAAGUGGAUGGUCAAAAUUGGAGGUGUAUUAAUUUGGCGUCUGCUCAUGCCCGCAUCCUCACCGCCAGUAAAAAACUCAUAAACGAGGAAGUUUGUUGUACCUUCAAUGGGAAGUCCUUCUGCAUUGGCAUCGUCGAAUGUGUUGAUGUCUGGGAACCAUUCUCCAAGUACAAUAAUUCCAAUGAUUGCUCCCCAGACCCUGGCAACAUGGAGGAUUUGGAGGAUGAUGUCGUAGAUAAGGCCUCUUCAGAUGAAGAUGACGAUGGUAUUUCUGAUACCUGGUGCGAAAACUUUCAUGAUCUGGAAGAAGGUGAAAUUGGCGGGAACUCCGGUGAACAAAAUCCUAUUACCGAUGGCAACGAUGACGUCAGGCGGCAAUCGACAACGGCUCCGAUUUCGGUGAUUCCCGAUAACGUUAAUGCAAUAUUAAAUGCGGAACAUGAAAAGUCAUCUGGCACGCUUGAUUCUAAAAGGUCAGCCGAUUUUGUUCAUGUUGGGCCAACUAUUCCUUUUAAUUCCCCCUUGCCUCCAGAUGGGCUGUUACCCAAUUCGUUAGCCCAAAUUAAUGGUGAUCCAGAUCCAUUACUUGACGCCCCCAUCACGAUAUCUGGUGUCGGUGAAUCUAAAUCCAAAAAAAGAAAAUUAGAUAGAUCCACUUUUAAUAUUCCCGCUUUCUCCCUUCCCCCUCGCCGCUUAUCCACUGAAUUCGGGAUCUCUCCCAAUCGUAACCUGGUUUCUCCAACUCUUGCUGGCUCCUUUGACUUAAACAUUUCCAUUCCAAAUCCCAGUGCUACAUCAAAUCUUGUUGAAAGCUCCUCCGACUCUAGCAACAUUAUCAAAUCUCCUGAGCAUUCCCUCUUCUUAAAGGUGACGAGAAAGGUGAUUGGAUCGUCCGAAACUCAUUAG